AUACAGUAGGAGAGCAAGACAGUCGCUUAUUUUCGACACUGAUUUUAGGCGGAUACAUUCGGUCUCCAACUGUGGAUUACAACUGCAUAGAGAGAAGGACGAUAUCGACAGUUUAAAAGCCUUUUGUCGACAUUCUUCUAUGUGGACUUGGAUUAAUUGAUUGAGAAAUAUGCAUUCUUUCAGGAUGGCUCGCACGGUUAAAUGGCAAGUACGGGCCUUCAUCCUUGUUUUUCUCAUCGACGCGACAAUUUGCCAAAUCCGCUACUCUGUUCCAGAGGAAAUGAGGAAGGGCUCGUUUGUGGGAAAUGUGGCUGAAGAUUUAGGUAUCGACGCUAAAAGACUGAAAUCAGGCGGUGCCCGAAUUGUUAUCAGUGACAGCAGUGAGUAUAUUAGGCUGGAUGUAGACAAAGGAAAUCUGGUCGUGGGAGAGAGAAUAGAUAGAGAGCAGCUUUGUGGACAGACAUCGCCCUGCAGCUUGAAUUUGGAAAUGAUUAUGACAAAUCCAAUUCAACUGCAUAGCGUUGUUGUGGAAGUACUGGAUGUUAAUGACAAUGCCCCUGCGUUUCAGGAGAAGGAAAUGCAUUUAGAAAUCCUGGAAUCAACUCUUCCAGGAACCGAAAUAUUGCAAGUGAGUGCAACAGACCCCGAUGUUGGCAUUAACGCUUUACACGGCUAUACAAUACACCCCAAAACACAUUUUAAUAUAAAGGUCUCAUCUAGCCCAAAUGGUCAUAAAUAUGCACAGCUUUAUCUUUCUGAACCUUUAGAUAGAGAGAAAGAAGGAAAGCUGCUCCUCACGCUAACUGCUGUGGACGGAGGUGAACCACAGCGAUCAGGCACCUUAAAAAUACACGUAACGGUGCGAGACACAAACGACAAUGCUCCCGUAUUCAUGCAAUCAAUUUUCAAGGCUUCUGUUAAAGAAAAUGUCCCAGGAGGAACGUUAGUAGUGAGAUUUAGCGCAACAGAUGCAGAUGAAGGCAUAAAUGGCCAUGUUACUUAUCAUUUUAAUCGAAUGUCCGGUAAUGUUGCCGAACUAUUUCAUCUGGACGAAAAUACCGGCGAUUUAACAGUAACUGGUUUAAUUGAUUAUGAAGAGAAUAAAUUAUAUGAGAUUGGGGUACAGGCAAAAGAUCAAGGUGGACAGAGCACAUCAACCAAUGUGAUAAUUGAGGUUAUAGACGUCAAUGACAAUCCUCCUUUAAUAACACUAACCUCGUUUUCUAAUGCUAUUGCCGAGGAUUCACCUAGUGGGACUACCGUGGCUAUCAUAAACGUCAAAGAUCUGGAUUCAGGCAAAAAUGGAAAAGUAGACUGCUCAGUAAACAGCAAUAUUCCGUUCGCAAUUCAUUCAUCUCUAAAAAAUUAUUAUACUCUGGUCACAAACGGUGUGCUCGACAGGGAGCGUAAUCCUGUUUAUAAUAUCACUUUCUCGGCAGUGGAUGAAGGGAGCCCACCCCUCUCAACAAACGAGACAAUAACACUUAGAAUAGCAGACGUAAAUGAUAAUGCCCCGAUAUUUGAACAGAGUUAUUAUGAAGCGUCUGUUGUGGAGAAUAACUCACCGGGAUUGUCUGUGUUUUCCGUUAAAGCACGCGAUUCCGACACAGGACAGAACGCACGCCUGUCUUACCUGCUUAUUGAUACCGAGUUAAAUGGUAGUCCUAUAUCUACUUACAUAUCAGUAAACGCAGAAAGCGGAGUUAUACAGGCACUACGAUCAUUUGACUAUGAACAAAUUAAAACUAUACACAUUUAUGUAAAAGGACAGGAUGGGGGUUCCCCUCCUUUAAGCAGCAAUACCACAGUUAGAAUAAAUAUUGAAGACCAGAACGACAACCCCCCUCAGGUUCUGUAUCCAGUCCAG